CACUGAGGAACAAGUGGUCACAAGCCCAAAAAGCCAGCAGAGCGAGUCUACUUUGUCCUCAUCCCUCUCUCACUAGCUAUCUUCACAUAGAGAGAGAAAGAGAGAAUGGGAAGGAGUCCUUGCUGCGCUAAGGAAGGCUUGAAUAGAGGAGCAUGGACAGCUAUAGAAGACAAGGUUCUCAUCGACUACAUUAAGAUUCAUGGCGAAGGAAAAUGGAGAGACCUUCCCAAAAGAGCAGGUCUUAAGAGAUGUGGGAAGAGUUGUAGGCUGAGAUGGUUAAAUUAUCUGAGGCCUGAUAUCAAAAGAGGAAAUAUUACUCGCGACGAAGAGGAUCUCAUUAUCAGACUUCACAAACUUCUUGGAAACAGGUGGUCUUUAAUAGCUGGACGACUGCCAGGACGAACAGACAAUGAAAUAAAGAAUUAUUGGAACACAAACAUCGGAAAGAAGAUUCAAAAUGGAAGCUCAAAAACAAAAUCGUCCCCUACUACUUCAAGAGGUGAUUUACGUAGCUCGCCAAGCCUAGCCAUACAUGACAAGGGCACAGACUUGGACUCGGACCCAAAAGCCCCACAAAAAACCAAGACCGGUCAAUUCGUGGUUCGAACAAAAGCAACAAGGUGCACCAAAGUGAUAGUGAGCAAACAAGUCCAACCAUUCAUGGCCGCACCACCUUGUUUGACCAGUACUCGCGAUGAUGAGGACGUGAACGUUAGGUGUGAGCGUGAGAAAAUAAUGGAAGCAGCAUUACCAUCUUUUGUGGAUUCGGAGGGAAAUAAUACAGACAACUCGUUAGAUUUCAUGGCGAAUUUUGAGAUGGACGAGGGCUUCUUUUCGGAUCUUCUGAAUAUGGAUAUAUCCGAACCGUCUUGUUUAAUUGAGAAUAAUAAAGUGGGAGUGCAAGAAGACAUCAGUAACGCCAGCACCAGUGAACAAGGUUGUCAUCAAUAUUUGUCUUCUCCAUUAUCUAAUGACACCCACUUGAAUAAUGUUUCUGAUGAUUCGCUGCAUGAGUCUGAGGAUUUUCAAUCGAUGUCAGCUUUAAUGGAGAAUGAAUUUGAUUGGCUUUGAGAGAACCUGUAAAGCUAGCACAUGUGUACUCUUGCCCUCUUGCAGAGCUGUAAAUUUUCGAUAAUAAAAAGUAGUAGUUUUAUCGCGCC